AUGACUACGAAGUCCAUGACUCAAUUGUACAACAAGGUGAAGCUAAUUUUGGCUGUAAUUUUAUUGCAAUUUGGCUAUGCAGGGUUGUUUAUAAUUAGUAAGUUUGCUCUAAACAAGGGGAUGAGCCAACAUGUUUUGGUAGUCUAUCGCCAUGCCAUUGCCACUGCUGUCAUUGCUCCUUUCGCUAUUGUCUUGGAUAGGAACGUAAGGCCAAAGUUGACCUUCUCAAUCUUUGCUAAGAUUGUAUUGCUCGGCUUAUUGGAGCCUGUAAUGGACCAGAACUUGUACUACACAGGGAUGAAGUACACUACAGCAACUUUUACGUCUGCCAUGUGCAAUGUUCUUCCGGCCUUCGCAUUUUUAAUGGCUUGGAUUUUAGGUCUUGAGAAAGUAUAUAUUAGGAGGCUGCAUGGCCAGGCAAAGGUACUGGGGACUACAGUGACGGUCGGGGGUGCGAUGCUUAUGACUCUGGUUAAAGGACCCAUGUUGAAUUUGCCAUGGACAAAUGGAAAUGCCCAUCAAGAAUCUACGAGUGCUGCAAAUAAGCAAGCUCUGGUCAAGGGUGCUCUAAUGAUUCUAGUAGGUUGUGUCUGCUGGUCUGGCUUCAUUAUUCUUCAAGCAAUUACGCUGAAAUCAUACCCCGCAGAACUUUCCCUAACAGUUUUGAUAUGUUUGAUGGGCACAUUGGAAAGUAGCAUACUAGCCCUUGCAAUGGAAUGGGGCAACUCCACAGCCUGGUCAAUACAUUUCGAUGUUAAGCUCUUAGCAGUUGUAUACAGUGGCAUAAUAUGUUCAGGAUUUGCUUUCUACAUUCAAGGAGUAAUAAUGAAGGAAAAGGGACCUGUUUUUGUGACUGCUUUUAAUCCCUUGAGCAUGGUUCUAGUGACAAUUAUAGGCUCCUUCAUUCUGUCCGAGACAAUGUACUUAGGAAGGAUUAUUGGAGCAAUUGUCAUUGUUGUUGGCUUAUAUCUGGUUUUAUGGGGCAAGAGUAAGGAUCAAUUGGGAUCGAGAUCAGACAAUGAUAGGAUAGUACCAACAAAACAAAAUAUGGCUACCAAUGAGAGGACAACAACUUCAAAACAAAACUUUGUGGCCAUCGAUGUGACAAGCAUAGAGUCUACAGAUGGAACUGCUUGA